UGGAUCAGCUGAGGGACCCGAGAUGUCUGUUGACAGCGGUGGAGGCUGUGUGGCCGGUUCCGGGCUCUGCGCAGGGCGGGGGAUGUGAGUCCUAUGGAGCUACCAGUGGAAGACGAGCCGCAGCUACCGCAGGAGCCCUGGGGGAGGCUCCUUCGUCUAGGCGCGGAGGAGGACGAACCGCAAAUCCUUCUGUGGAAACGCGAGUGGACCAUCGGAAGGAGGAGAGGCUGUGACCUCUCUUUUCCCAGCAAUAAACUGGUCUCUGGAGACCACUGUAAACUUACAGUGGAUAAAAAAUCUGGCCAGGUGACACUGGAAGAUACCAGCACCAAUGGAACAGUAAUCAACAAGCUGCAAGUUGUUAAGAAGCAGACUUACCCUUUGCAGAGUGGGGAUAUCAUCUAUUUGGUAUACAGGAAGAAUGAACCAGAACAGAAUGUGGCAUACCUCUAUGAAUCUUUAAAUGAAAAACAAAGCUUGCCUCAAGAAUCCUUUGAAGCCAAUAAAGAAAAUAUGUUCCAUGUGACCAAAGAUUCCUCAGGUCUGGGGCAGGGUGAUGACCUCCAGGUUCCACUAUUGUCACCCAUGGCUGAAACAUGCUUGGAGGAACCACAGCCAUCAACAUCGACAUCAGACCUCUUCCCCUUGGCCUCUACCUCUUCUGUGGAGCCAGAGCUGACCUCUGCAGGGCAAAAACAUUCCUCUAGCUCUGGACUUGGGAAAGCAGGCAUCUCUCCAAAAGAAUGUAGUCCACUUGUUGCAAAUCAUGAACUCUCUAGCCUUUCUCCAGGUCUCCAAGACAAAGAAGCAUCCUUCUCUUUGUUGGAAACUGAAGACAAUGAGGAAUUGGAGCCUGCCAAAAAAAAGACAAAAGGAGAUGAAGAGAUUGACUUGAACCUGCAGUUAUUGGUUGCAGACCAGUGUGGAAAUGCCCAAACCUCAUGUGAGGAUGUCAGAGUUGCCUCUGUGAAGCCAGACAAGAUGGAGGAGACACUAACAUGCAUCAUCUGUCAAGAUCUUCUGCAUGACUGUGUGAGUUUGCAGCCUUGUAUGCACACAUUUUGUGCAGCUUGCUACUCUGGCUGGAUGGAGCGUUCAUCUCUGUGCCCUACCUGCCGAUGUCCAGUGGAGCGCAUCUGCAAAAACCACAUCCUAAACAACCUCGUGGAAGCGUACCUUAUCCAGCACCCAGAUAAGAGUCGCAGUGAAGAAGACGUGAGAAGUAUGGAUGCAAGGAAUAAAAUAACUCAAGACAUGCUGCAACCCAAAGUCAGGAGGUCUUUCUCUGAUGAAGAGGGGAGUUCAGAGGACCUGCUAGAGCUAUCAGAUGUUGAUAGUGAAUCCUCAGACAUCAGUCAGCCAUAUAUCGUAUGCCGACAGUGUCCUGAAUACAGAAAGCAAGCAGUGCAGUUUCUUCCUUGCCCAGUCCCAGAUAGCGAGCUGAGAGCUUCACAGGCCCUUGGUGGAGAAGCACCAUCAACCUCUGCCAGCUUACCAACAGCCCAGGAUUAUAUGUGCCCUCUUCAAGGAAGCCACGCCAUUUGCACCUGUUGCUUCCAGCCUAUGCCUGACCGAAGAGCUGAACGUGAGCAGGAUUCCCGUGUUGCCCCUCAGCAGUGUGCAGUAUGCCUGCAACCCUUCUGCCAUUUGUAUUGGGGCUGCACCCGGACUGGCUGCUUUGGCUGCUUAGCCCCUUUCUGUGAGCUCAACCUGGGGGACAAGUGCUUGGAUGGGGUGUUGAACAACAACAACUACGAGUCGGACAUCCUGAAGAAUUACCUGGCAACCAGAGGUCUGACUUGGAAAAAUAUGUUGGCAGAGAGUCUCCUGGCUCUACAGCAGGGUGUAUUUCUCUUAUCUGAUUACAGAAUCACUGGAAAUACUGUGUUGUGUUACUGCUGUGGUCUGCGUAGCUUCCGAGAGCUGACCUACCAAUAUCGGCAGAACAUUCCUGCUUCUGAGUUGCCAGUGACUGUAACAUCCCGUCCUGAUUGCUACUGGGGCCGGAACUGUCGCACUCAAGUGAAGGCUCACCAUGCGAUGAAAUUCAACCACAUCUGUGAACAGACAAGGUUCAAGAAUUGAGCAUUGGAAGAUACACAUAAAGCAGUUACAGAGCAUAGGAGGCAAUGAAACUAUGGUUUUGUUUUUUUUUUUUUAAAUACCAUAUACACAUACUUUAAGGGCAUUUUUAAGAGUUCUCCUUUUACAGUUCCAGCACUGGGGUUUCUGGUCAGGCACUCCGGUGUAUAUGGCUUUUCCCUUCAGUGACAUACACAACACCAUGUGCCCCAGUAACGUAAGAGGCCUACACACAUACACACACACACACAC